AUGCAACGAACAGUGACGAAACAGCUAAACAUGUUGCACAUGCAUGUAACAGUGUGUAUUAUUGUUACAAUAUUUUUCUGCAGUAGACAAUACAAAGUGAGAGAAACUUGUAAAAGUGGGUUGGGCCACUUGAAAAGUAGACAGAAAAUUUAACCCAGAAAUUAGUUGUAAAAUAGUAACUCGGCACUUAAUGGUGUCGAGCAAGGUGGAAGUGAAAUUGAACAAACGUAAAUUGAAGCGGAAAAACGUUCGUAAGGGGCACGAAAGUCGAGCGCCUGAAGCAGCGGAUUGCCGAACUUUCAGCGCGAGCAGUUGAUAUUUGAGGUUAUGUUACGGCCGAGGUCACUCUAAAUUGGAUUAAAUUUACGCAAUACCAGCGAUGCAACCUCAUUGUUCAGUGGCCAAGUACUCGAUUAGUGAAAUAGCUACGUUUCAAUCCAACUCAACGGUGACAUGAAUGCGAUUAAAUCAUGCAGAAACGGGCCAGUUUUCGUCUUACCAAAAAUUUUCGUGCUCGGGAUACAGACGGACAAACGGACGGCGCUACGGGCAAAGUCGUCGUCGUCUGCUACUUUGACAGCUCCGCUGCGUGUUAGACAGCCUAAAUUUAUCAUGGAUAAUUACAACAAUAUGGAAACCCUAAAGUCAUCACCAACAACGCCGCAGAAUGACAGUGACAACAGUUCAAGCAAAAAAUGGUACCGCCAAGCAACUCAGCGAAUAUUUGUCAAUAGAAGUCUGCAUCUCGAAAAUAUCAAGUUCUAUGGAUUCGAUAUGGACUACACAUUGGCUGAGUACAAAUCGCCGCAGUACGAACAGCUGGGUUUCAAUCUUCUCAAGGAUCACUUAGUGUCUCUGGGCUACCCGGAAGAAAUUAAAGAAUUCGAAUACGAUCCGAGUUUCCCUGUAAGAGGCUUAUGGUUCGAUACUCUUUAUGGAAAUUUAUUGAAGGUUGACGCCUACGGAAACAUUCUCGUAUGCGUCCACGGUUUUGAAUUUCUCAAACACUCCCAAGUUUACGAACUUUAUCCAAACAAGUUCUUGCAGCUCGACGAAUCGCGUGUUUACGUACUAAACACUUUGUUCAACUUACCUGAGACUUACCUGCUGGCGUGUUUGAUAGACUUUUUCACAAACUCACCUCAGUACACACCAGAAAAGACUGGCGUAAAGGCCGGCGAGCUCACUAUGAGUUUCAAGAGUAUUUUUCAAGAUGUCAGGAACGCCGUUGACUGGAUACAUCUCCAGGGAGAUCUGAAAACCAGAACUAUACAGAAUUUGGACGACUAUGUUAAAAAGGACGAAAGGCUACCGAUGUUCUUGACAAGGAUCAGAGAGAAUGGUGCCAAAGUUUUUUUACUCACAAACAGCGACUACGUGUUUACAGAUAAAAUUAUGACCUACCUCUUUGACUUUCCUCACGGAGCGAGACCAGAGGAUCCCCACAGAAAUUGGAAAACUUAUUUCGACAUUAUUGUUGUCGAUGCUAGUAAACCACUGUUCUUUGGCGAGGGUACGAUCCUCCGUCAAGUUGACACCAAGACUGGGGCAUUGAAAUUGGGAACUCAUAGAGGACCUUUACACUUAGGCGAAGUAUAUUCAGGCGGUUCGUGCGACGUAUUCACUGAACUAAUUGGCGCCAAGGGCAAAGACGUUCUAUACAUUGGUGAUCACAUUUUUGGUGAUAUAUUGAAAAGCAAAAAAAUACGGGGUUGGAGGACAUUCUUAAUCGUUCCUGAACUCGUUCAGGAACUUCAUGUUUGGACAGACAAAUGUCAGCUGUUUGCAGAACUCCAAAGCCUUGACGUUAUGCUCGGGGAAAUGUACAAAAAUUUAGAUAGCAGUACAAAAGAGAAACCAGACAUCUCAAAACUUCGGGCGUCGAUAAGGGAUGUUACGCACAAAAUGGACUUGGCUUAUGGUAUGAUGGGUUCUCUAUUUCGCAGCGGAAGUAGGCAGACGUUUUUCAGCAGCCAGGUCGUGAGGUAUGCCGACCUCUAUGCGGCAACGUUCCUGAAUCUUAUUUACUAUCCGUUUUCCUACAUGUUUAGAGCACCUGCAAUGCUGAUGCCUCAUGAAAGUACGGUCGCACAUGAGCAGAGAUUUGUUAUGGAAACUCCAAUGAUCAGUCGAUCUCGCACAUUCAAGCUCACAGACGAGGAAGAAGAUCAGGGAAAAGUAUUCAGCGGAUUAGUUGACAUCGAUCAUACAGGGAGCCAGAUACCACAUGCAAGACCUGAAACACCUAGAAAUGUGACACAUACUCACGACGAAGAUUGUAGCGACGAAGAUAGCGACUCGCAAAAGCAGGCCAAUAUCGAAGCACGUAAAUUGUCAUUGAGAGAAGUAAAUUAGAUAAGCCGUUAGAUGUUGACUAUUGAUUAUUCAGUUUUUAAACUACUCGAAUUUUGGCUUUCACCACUGGUCAAAUUGUUUGAAGCUUUUAGCCCGUUUAUAGGCAAAGAAACAAUUGAUAAUUCUACACGUUGGCGUGCUGUGUAAUUAAAAUAUUGCCGAUAGUCUUUAUGUAAUAUACAUGAUAUUGUAUACGACGAAAAAAAUUUAGUUAUAAUAAUUAUUGUUAAGCAACAAAAAAGGACUAGCAACGCCGACGGGUGAAUUCAACACGUUGAGAGGGCAAUAUGCCCAGUCGUUUACUUAGAUUAAGAAGAAAUGUUAAACAAAUUUUUAGAUAUCUAGAGACGUUGUAUAUCAUCUGACAAUAUUGUAAUCGUUACAUAUUACCGUAUAUGAUAUGAAAUUAUAAUAAAUUAUUUUUUAUUUA